AUGUUCCAGACGUUCUUCCAGAGAUUCGUAGAUUCCCAGUCCAGGUGGCUGGGUGGCGAGCCAACCUUGUUUGUGAAUCUGACUUUAGACGGAUUGCCAGGAUCUUUCUCAUCUUUAUAUGGCGCCGAUGUGGUCAAAGGGCUACGGCCUGGAUCACCCCCCACCGCUUACCUGCAGCUUUUGGACUCAGCCUUUGGUACUGUUGAGGAUGGGGAGGAACUUUUUGCCCAGUUUAUGAACACCCUUCAGGAUCCGGGGAUUUCUUCGCCAACUGAGGCGGAUGAAAAAAUCCAGAAGAUCUGCGACAGCGUGAAGCCCCAUGCGGAGCAGAAAGCAGGGAAGACCUAUGAUGUUUUCACAGCCAAGAGCUACUCAACGCAGGUAGUGGCAGGGAUGAACUACUUCAUUAAGGUUCACGUGGGAGGAGACGAUCAUGUUCACCUCCGUGUUCACAAAAAACUCCCAUGUUAUGGAGGAGAGAUUGCGCUGAGUGAUAUGCAACAAUCCAAGAGCCACCAUGACCCUAUUGAGUACUUCUAAUGGGAUACCAAAUGAAACAUCAGUGCCACCA